AUGAAGGAAAAAAGUUCGAGGUUGAAGCAGCUGAUAUCAAUGGUGAGUUGCAUGACCAGAGCCAAAUGCAUAGCCGUCAGAAGCAAAACCGACGCCAUGAGAGCGCUCCUCAUGCUCACAUCGCUCACGCUUCUCUCCAAGAAGAAGAGCUUCUCCAUCGCCACCAUCACCACCAAGAUCAACCACAUUUUCCACCACCACCACCACCACGAAUCUGGUGACGAAAUCGACGACAAUGAUCCGAGCAAGGCGAUCGUCCUCAACAGCAGCAACUCCGCGGCCAGCUGCUGCAAAGACAUCAGCGGCGGAUGUGAAACUAUACGAGAAUUCUACGGCGGCGGCGACGACGAUGAUGAUAAAUAUCCAGAUCUGAGGCACUCGCUGUUCGAGGAGGAGGAGAAGGAGCUGGCGGAGCUGCUGGAUGAUCUGAAUUCGCAGAUUUGA